AUGCCGGUUAACAACAACGCCAACGCUGAAGGAGGAAAUAACAAUAGAGAAGGUACGGUUUGAAAAGGGUUUGGGGUACCUCAUGGACUACUCGUAAUCCAUUGACGAAAUUAUUUAAAGCCAAAGUAGACGAACUUCCAAUCGGGACCAUCUUGGCGGGCAAGUUCAAGUUGACAGAACUCGUCCUUUCCCAUCCUGCCCUCGGUCUGACUUAUAAUGCGAUCAAUCGAGAGGGCGAUGGCUUCGUCGUGAAAGUGGAUUCGGAGAAGAAUCUGUUGUCGUUGGUCCGUUCAGAAGCCGGAUUUCUUCAAGCUGUCCUUCAGAUCAAUGCUUGCGAUUUCUUUGUGCAAUUUAUGCAUGGUGCAAAAUAUCAGAGAAUUAUCUACUUCGUGACUCGUUUCCGGCCCGGACCCACUCUCAAUCAAUGCCUCGGAGCAAUGCCUGCUGGCAAAUUCUCGGUUGGAACCGCGGUUCGAGUCGCCUAUCAUAUCUCCAAGGUAAAAAUAUACGUAGCAGGUAUAGUAGAUAUAGCAAGAUUGAAACGAAUCAUACCUUGGGUUGAAGUACGUAUAUUCAGGCCAUUAAUUUCGUCCACACGUUGAAUUACCUUCUCCGUCGUAUGGAUCCGAAUGUCAUUAGAUUUGAUGUCCAUACGAAAUCCAUUUAUUUGAGUGAUCUGAGCAGCGUCAGAGUGGACCCAGUGAAGAUCAAGUUGGACGCUCCUGUCAGAUGGGCUGGCGCUCAGUUAUAUGCCCCAAUGCAACAUCAUAACGGAGGUAAAGCAUACAUUGCCAGAAUUCGCUAUACAAUCUUAAUACUUGUUGCAGGACCAAUUGGAGCCAGACACGACAUCGAAGCGUUGGUCUUCUUGUUAGUGGACAUGACCACGGCCAAGUUGCCAUGGGAAGGAUGCCCUCUGGAUAUGAUGGGAUCUGUGAAAAGACAAUCAAUUACGGAUCAGACUCUUUUCGCUGAAUGCCCAUCUCAAUAUUCGGCCCUUUACACCUACAUAUCUUGCCUGACUGACGAUAACAUCGAUUAUGAACAGAUUUGGAAGAAGAUGGAAGAGACUUGGAAACAGGCCGGAGUCAAAGAUCUGAAGAGUCCGUUUGAUUGGGAGCCCAGAAUGAGAGCUCCAGAUGCUCAUGGAUAUUGAUUAUUACGGUUACUGUGAUUUAUGCAGGCCGAAGAAGAAUAAAAUUGUUUGUAUAUUUUACAAAACUCACAAUUUCGUCUUGUGUUGCAAUAAUUGUUUAUCGUAUAAUUUGUUUUUCCAAAAAUUAUUUCUUGGCUCCGCAGCUCGCGCCCAAAUAAAUCUUUGAAGCUAAAAAAAACGGAAAGGUUUUAUCUGCUUUCUGAUUAGUUUCAGACUCUUUCACCGUUGAACUUAUCUAGGUCACUAAUUUCAAACUGGAUUCGAGAAGUAAGUUCUCUUCCAAAGGUAAAUAUCUUCUUCAGAUUCAGCCCACAUUCCGUCGUUGGGUACAUUCUCUCUGAAUCAAAACCCCAACGAACAACUUCAACGAGAGGAGACUGCUGAGGAAGCUCAAAGGAGGUUUGAGGUGGAGUGUGAAUUCAUUCAAUCCUUGGCCAAUCCGCAUUACGUUACAUGUAAUAAUACAAUUUUGAUAUGAAGUUUUCUUUAUGCAUGAUUUCAGAUCUUGCUCAGCGCGGGUAUUUUAAAGAGCAGUACUUUCUAAACUAUUUGAAGUACUUGCUUUACUGGAAGCGUCCUGAAUAUGCAAAGUAAGUUUUCCAUCCUUUAUGUUUUUAUUGUUUUAGAUGUCUCAAGUUCCCGCAAGCCCUGUCAAUGCUCGAAAAUCUCCAGAAUGCUGACUUCCGUGAAGCAAUGGUCGUCUCGACGAAUGCCAAAUUCAUCGAGGAUCAAUUGUUGUUGCAAUGGCACUACUAUCUUAGACGAAGAGCAAAAAUUCUGGUGAGAUUUCUUAUUAUAUUUUUGUUUUCUAGGGGGGAAUCAAAUUUGCAUAAUUUUAGCAAAACUCUCACGUGGCCGAGGAUCAACAACCAAGUUCAAAUGAACGGCCGGAAGAUGAGACUGUUGAUGAUGGAAGAGCCGAGAAAGAGAACGACGAAAACGAUGAAAGAAGGAUCCAGGAUCAAUAA